AGGGUGUACGCUGGGGCGGGGUGAGGUUGGUAGGGGAUACAUUGUCACCCAGCCUGUGAGGAAAAUGGACACACUGUAUCUGGUAGUGGUGGAGACUCCCAGUGGAAGCGAGUGAGGGACCCGAGCUGGAUGUUGCUCUAACUCAGUGUGUCCACCUGGGCAAUGACCGCUGCCAGACCCUGGGCAACUCACUCAGGCCGACUGCUGAGUUUGGAUGUGUGCUGCGGCCUGGAGAACCUGCCAGUGCCCGUCCUGAAUGAAGUGGACGACGACUGUUUGCUCCCUUUGCAGUACGCACCGGAAAAUGUGGCUGGACCAGGAGCAGAUCUUGAUCCCACUGAAAUAACCCUCCCAGGUUGUGAGUGCCUAGCGUCUUCCUGUGAACAGGACACAUGCACUUGUCUACAAUGCUACACUGGAGCUUAUGAUGAAAAUCUGUGCCAUGUCAACUUUCAGGGGGAGAUGGGCUACUCGAGGCCUGUGUUUGAGUGUAACAUUAUGUGUAAAUGUAGUGAGGCUUGUAAGAACAGGGUGGUCCAGAGGGGUCUCACCUUUAAACUGCAGGUGUACAAAUCCUCAAAGAAAGGAUGGGGCCUUCGCACUUUGGAACCAAUUAAGAGAGGCAAGUUUGUGUGUGAGUAUGGGGGUGAAGUCAUCAGUUUUCCAGAAGCCAGCAGGCGAACUCAAUCACAAAGUUCUGGUGACAUGAACUAUAUCAUAGCUGUGAGAGAACACCUGAUCAGUGGAGAAACACUAGAAACAUACAUCGACCCUACCCACAUUGGCAAUGUUGGUCGAUUCCUCAAUCAUUCUUGUGAUCCUAAUCUGUACAUGAUCCCCGUUCGUGUCAACUCCCUGGUUCCAAGGUUGGCUCUUUUUGCAGCUUGUAGUAUUGCAUCUGGUGAGGAGCUGACGUAUGACUACUCUGGAAAGUUCAACAAUCUUGAGAAGAGAGUUAGAACUGAAGAAGGGCCCUGCGGAGAGAGUAGUGCCCUGAAAUUGUGCUUCUGUGGUGCACAGUCAUGCACUGGUUUUUUGCCAUUUGAUGGUUCACUUUAUAACCUGAAAGACAAGUAGAAUAAGAUCUAGUAUUGGCUGCAGCCUAUCAGAUGUUGUUUUAAGGUUUAUUUUUGUUGCAAUCUAUACAUGCUGAUGCUGCAAGUGUUGAAUCUGUUUGUAAUUUGCACUGUCCUGAGAUAUAGAAAUCAGUUCAUAACUGGCUUAUAACACAUACAUGAUAAUAAAAUGUGAGGCUGGAUGAACACAGCAGGCCUUGCAGCAUCUCGGGAGCAUCUGCAGUUCCCAUUAUCACUGAUACAAUUUUAACCUCACUGCGAAGCCUCUUUUAGGGAUGCCUAACCUGAAGAAGUUACCCUCCUCCCUCCGGAGCUUUUGUGCUCCUGAGAUGCUGCUAGGCCUGCUGUGUUCAUCCAGCCGCACAUUUUAUUAUCUUGGAUUCUCCAGCAUCUGCAGUUCCCAUUAUCACUAUAACACAUACAUGAUCACUUUUUUUAAGUUUACUGUAAAACAUCCCAGCUAUACAUCUCAAAAUACAGCACUCCACUUUCCUUAAACUUUUAGAAUAGAGAAUCUUUGAUCGACAAGAUUCAUUCAUGAAUGAGUAUUUAAAUAUGCAGCAGAGCCAACUGAUACAUUGGAAAUGACCCCUGUCACCCAUUAGCCUGUUAUAGCAAUGCUUUUCAAGGUGACUCACACCACUGAGAGUUUUUUUUGGUGCAUUGUUUAUCGUUAUGGAGCAAGAAUGAAAGGGAUGGGGUUGGGGUGGAGGCAGUAAAGCUGAUGUUGAAUCUUCUGCAGAUUAAAUGUUGACCAGUGCACUUAACACUGACUAAUUGAAAAUCUAGAGGUGGUGAACUGUGUUUCAUUUCGUAAAUAAAAAUAUAUAUUGGA